GACCGCGUGAAAUUCGGUUGAACAGUUGCAGGCUGUCUUGUUACCUGGAACUCUUAUGGGCAAAGAAAAGAAGAAAAAGUUGUCUCGACAACACUAUCAGCGACCAAUCGAAAAUGAGGUGCAGGAACAAGAGUUCCAAGUUGAGAAAAUUGUGGGUUGCAAAGGUGAAGGAAAUAAAACUUUAUAUUUCAUCAAAUGGAAAGGUUAUUCUGACGCUGAUAACACUUGGGAGCCAGCAGAAAACUUAACGAACUGCCCAGAACUUUUAGAAGAGUUCAGAACACACCAGGGCGUUAGAGACGGGCUAGAAGAGAAAGAGAGCGCGGAGAGCGUUGAGGAUGAAACAAAUGCAGCCACUUACAACACGCUGACAGACAACAAGAGUGAAGCUUCAUCGUCUUCUACAAAAUAUGGACGAGAAUCGAGAAAGAAGGUCCCCAAGAAGGCAGCAGUUGCUGAUAGGAGAAACGGCGACGAGCAGACGCAAAGUGGGUUCGAGAGAGGUUUGCAGUUGGAAAAGAUUAUGGGCGCAACAGAAGGCACAGAUGGAGAUCUAAAAGGAGCUAUACUGUUUCUUGUUAAAUGGAAAGGUGUGGAGCAGCCAGAGCUAGUUGCAGCUAAAGAAGCAAAUGUUUGUGUUCCACAAGAAGUUAUAAAGUUUUAUGAGUCUCAACUAUCGUGGAACGAGAACUAAUUGCAUCAUGCAUCAUCAUCUCAACUGUUGAACUUUUGACACAUUCCUGUAUUGUGCAGUUUUGCACUUGUUUAGCCAUACGUAAUAAGUAUACGUCUGUAUUUGUAAACGUUGCAUGUUUGUAGCUGAAAUAUCGCCUACUAGGGUAUGGUAACAUGUCGGUAUGGUAACA